UAACUCUGGGAAGCUGAUCGUCGGCCCACGGUUCCUCUGGAAAUGGCGGCGAGCUGUACAACAGACUUCAAGCCGGUUAGUCAUGUCAUCUUUGACAUGGACGGCCUCCUCCUGGACACGGAAAGACUGUACACUCUUGUGUUUGAUGAAGUCUGUGGCCGUUACAAUAAGACGUUUACAUGGGAGUUGAAAUCCAUGGUUAUGGGUAUGCAGACCAUGAUCGUGGCCAAAAUUAUUUGUGAAAAACUGGAGCUCCCAAUUACUCCAGAGGACUUUGUGAAGGAAUGUUCCCUUAUAGAGAAACGCCUGUUUGCUUGUGCAAGCUUAAUGCCAGGCGUAGAGCAGUUAGUUCGCCAUCUCACCAAAUACAAUGUGCCAAUCGCAGUGGCUACCAGCUCGCCGAAGGAAAAGUAUAACCUAAAGACAUCCAGGCACAUGCCGAUCUUCUACUUAUUCCACCAUAUUGUGUGUGGCGAUGACCCUGACGUCAAGAAAAGCAAGCCUGCACCUGACAGCUUCCUGGUCUGUGCUAAGAGAUUUGACCCUCCACCACCUUUUGAAAAGUGUCUUGUGUUUGAAGAUUCCCCGAAUGGAGUUACAGCCGCAUUGGCAGCAGGAAUGCAAGUCGUCCAGAUUCCAGAUCCACACCUUGACCCAGAACUGACAAAGCCAGCUACCUUGGUACUCAAGUCAAUGGAGGAUUUCAAGCCAGAGUUGUUUGGUUUGCCUGCAUACAAGUAGAAACAGUUUCUGGGCCCAGAUUGGAACUUCUAUCUUGCUCUUUAUCUGCUUUUUCUUUUCUUUCUAUUUCCUCCUAGAGCAAGUGAUGCAAGAAGACGUUUCACCAACACAUUGGGUUUUGCUUAUUGAGUUCCACCAUUUCCCAAUUUGCCACAACCUAUUUGAAAACAAAUGGAGUGACCCAUGCGACACUCACACCACCAAGGCUAAGUCUAAAGCUGAGGCCUGCACCUCUGCCAGCACCUCCACUAUCAAUCAGGCCUUCAUGUGGGUGUGCCUUUAUGUUUCUUAGAGUGAGUUGCAACCAAGCUAAGGCAGUUAAUAUGACUUGCAGUAUCUGGGGCAUUCUGUCAUAACAUUGGAGCUGUUGUUUUGGACAUGCAAGAAUUACCUCGUGAUUAUUUUCAGUUUUUUUUUACAUUGGGUCUAGGUCACCUAGGAGCACAUUUCAAAGUGAAAUACAUAACAUGCAGGCACUGCUGGUUUGCCUCUCCAUAAUGUGUGCCUUAGGUCCCCAUUUGGUUUUCUGGAUAACCAAUAGGAGGACAGUAAGCAGCUUCUUGGUUCAGCUGCUUCCCCAUUGGCCAGUACAAAUCUGCCAGUUACUGUAAAAUUCAUUGAUAAUGGAAGGAUUCAUUUCUUAGUAUCUCUGGCAUAAAAGGAAAAUCUCAUUAUCAUUAUCAUGCCAGUGUUACGAUGCCUUUCAUCAUUGGGCUCUGUGUUGCUAAUCAUCCUUCCCCACGUCAAGCUGAUUAUCCUAUUCCCAGUCAAAUCUUCAGUGGAAAAGAACAAGUUAAUUCCUUCCUUCUGCUUUCUGAUUUGCUCUAACAGCUCUCUCUCUCUCUCUCUCUCUCUCUCAGCUCUUGAUUGUUUAAAACCUUCUGAUUGAUUGUCACCUCAUAACUUGCAAACUAAUGUCAUUUUAUUGCAGUCCGAAGUAUGCUUCAUGAUAUUAUACAUGUUAAAAGACUGAAGCAGAAAGACCAAAGAACGAGUGUGGUCUAUGCAGCCAGACCCACUCAGAUUUUGUUUUCUACUUGAUCUUGUCAGAGGUUAUUACACACCUCUGAGCAGGUGGCACUUGAACCUGGACCUCUUAGUUCAGAAGAAUGCUCAAAAUGAUCAGGAUAGGUUGAUCUGCAGCUGAAAACAAUGAAUACAAAAUAACAAUCAAAGGCUUUGAAGGCUUCUUGUGGUGUAGUGGUAGUGUGUCUAACUCUGGGCUAGGAGACCUUUGUGUCAGAUCACCCUGAACAGGUCGAUUAUCAAAGAAAAAAGAUCAAAUGCUUUAAAUGGCAAUGUAAACUGCAGGGCCAAAGUUUGAAGAGAGAAACUUAUAAUCUAAACACCAGGAUCUAAUGUGUACUUUUUACAGUAAUAUCCUGUACAUGUUUUUUCUUUGAUAUUUUAAACCUUAAGAACAGUUUUGUCUUUAACUUUGUUUCCUAACACCCUCCCAAUCCAUCAGCGCCACCUGUUUUGAUGCACUUUGACAGCUAAGCCACUCUGCCUCAUUGUUUUGGACAGCAUCCUCACUGAGAUAGGAGAAGUUGUCAUUUCAUCACUUGUUUUUCCAGCUGUGAUUUCAGAGCUCCCACCUUUCUGUCCAUUUGACUUCAUUGCUGAGAGUGGCCCAACCCAUGCAGUCAACUUGUGUCACACGCUGCUUCUGUCAGAUUGCAACAAAAAUUACCUCAAAAUAUACUGUACAAAGCUGCAGGUGACUGUAAAAUAGACUGUAAGUGCAUACUGCACAUGGAAUUUGUCAUUGGUUCUGUUUGUGAUUGUGGAGAGGUUAAAACAUUACUCAGGGCAUUCAUUCCAGCUUCUACAAAUAUGGGCCUAGUAACUAAUGCUUCGCCCAGUGCUGCUAAAUUGAAACUAUAACUCAUUCUCCUAUAACCAAAAUAUUAUGAACAGAUGACUAUGACUCUGAGGGAAAUUAUAUUUCCACUAAUUUUGGAAAUGUAAGAUAGUCAUAUUUGGGUUAUUCAGCAUAUUUUUGGGGGGAGAAUAAAUUUUACACUGCAUUUAACCUGAUGACGGGUGCUUGAAAUGGUGAAUUCAUGAUUACAAUAUUAUCAUCCUCAUCUUGAGUAUAAGUAUUCAAACAGAAAAUGAAGGUGCAUGCACACAUUUAUCUACUGAGUGUGCUGUCCAUAUAUAUUUAUAGUUUGGAUUAUAUUGUUAAAGUGAGCGUGUUCAUCUUUUACAGGUAUGUUAGAUAUAUCUUCCAUUU